CGGGGGCCUGGGGAGGGCGGCUUGCUGUGUGCAGGCGGGUAGGAGCAGCGUCCCCGUGCGGCCCGAGGGCAGGCUGAGAGGAUGACAGGAAGAGCCAGAGCCAGAGGAAGACCUCCCAGACAGGCACCUGCUCUUCCUGCUCUAGGAGAUGCUCCUGUUCAGCAGGGCAUGCCUGGCCAGCUGCGCCACCGGCAGCAGCCCCAGCAGCUCCACGUUCCUCCAGCACAGCCAGAGGAGCCCGGGGGCCAGGGCCGCCUGCAGGAGAGAAGGCCUGAAGGAUUGCAGGUUUCCUCAGGGCUCCAGGAUUUGUCUUUAAGAGACAGAGGUGGACGUCGCAGAGAUUUCCAUGACAUUGGGGUAAAUACUCGACAAGCCAUGGUGCAUGUUCGAGAAUCCAAAACCGGUUUUUCAGGAAAAAUGAUCAAGCUGACCACCAACCACUUCCGUCUGACGUCCCGCCCGCAGUGGGCCCUGUAUCAGUACCACGUGGGCUACAGCCCCGAGAUGGAGGCGCGGCGCCUGCGCUCCGCUCUGCUCUUCCAGCACGAGGAGACCAUUGGAAAGACCCAUGCCUUUGAUGGCUCAAUAUUAUUCCUGCCAAAGAAACUGGAGAAUAAGGUUACAGAACUGUUCAGUAGGACCCGAAAUGGGGAGGAUGUGAGGAUAACAGUCACGCUCACCAAUGAGUUGCCACCUACUUCACCUACUUGUCUGCAGUUCUACAACAUCAUCUUUAGAAGGCUUUUGAAGAUGCUGAAUUUGCAGCAGAUUGGACGUAAUUAUUACAACCCCAGUGAUCCAGUCAGCAUCCCUAAUCACAGGCUGAUGGUGUGGCUGGGUUUCACAAGUUCCAUCCUGCAGUAUGAGGAGAACAUCAUGCUGUGUGCAGAUGUGAGCCAUAAGGUUCUCCGUGGGGAGACAGUGCUGGAUACUAUGCACAGCCUUCACUCCCAGGUUGGAGAGGAAAGAUUUAGAGACACCUGUGCUAAAGAGCUGAUUGGUUUAAUUGUUCUUACAAAGUACAAUAACAGAACGUACAGAAUUGAUGACAUUGACUGGGAUAACAAUCCAAAGGGUACCUUUAGAAAAUCAGAUGGUUCUGAGAUGAGCUUUGUGGAGUACUACAAAAAGCAAUACAACAUAGAAAUCAGUGAUUGGAUGCAGCCUGUCCUGAUCAGUCAGAUGAAGAGGAAGAGAGGGAACAUACAGGGAUCUGUGGCUCUGAUUCCAGAGCUCUGCUCCCUAACAGGACUGACUGACAAGAUGCGCAGUGAUUUCAGUAUGAUGAAAGACUUGGCCAUCCACACACGGCUGCCCCCUGAGCAGAGGCAGCGCGAGCUUGGGAGGCUUCUGAACUACAUCCAAAAGGAUGACAAUGUUCAGAAGGAACUCCGAAACUGGGGCUUAAGCUUUGAUUAUAAAUCAGUGUCCUUUACAGGAAGAGUUGUUCAAGGAGAAAAGAUCUUUCAAUCAGGAACCAUGUUCGAUUACAACCCUCAGUUUGCCGACUGGACCAAGGAGACGCGGGGCGUGCCCCUGAUCCGCGCCGUGCCCGUGGACAGCUGGCUGCUCAUCUACACCCGCCGCAACUACGACGUGGCCAACACCCUGCUGCAGAGCCUCUUCAAGGUCACCCCCUCCAUGGGCAUCCACAUGAACAAGCCAAACAUGAUUGAAGUAGAUGAUAGAACAGAAGCUUAUUUAAGGGUUUUACAGCAAAGGGUUACCCCUGACACCAACAUAGUGGUUUGUAUUUUGUCUAGUUCCCGAAAGGAUAAAUAUGAUGCCAUCAAGAAGUACUUGUGUACAGACUGUCCCAUCCCCAGCCAGUGUGUGCUGGCUCGCACUUUGAGCAAGCCACAGACUAUCAUGACAGUAGCAACAAAAAUUGCCUUGCAAAUGAACUGUAAAAUGGGCGGAGAGCUCUGGAGUGUUGAGAUCCCUCUGAAGCAGGUGAUGAUUGUGGGCAUUGAUUGUUACCAUGACACUGUCUCUGGGAAGCAGUCCAUUGCGGGGUUUGUCGCCAGCCUGAAUCAAUCAGUGACACGGUGGUUCUCCCGCUGCGUUGUUCAAAGUCGUGGGCAGGAACUUGUGGAUGGAAUCAAAGCCUGCUUGCAAACUGCUCUAAGGAACUGGUCCAAGUGGAAUAAGUGUUUGCCCUCUCGUAUUUUUGUGUAUCGUGAUGGUGUUGGAGAUGGACAACUCAAUACUUUGGUUAAUUAUGAAGUGCCUCAAUUUCUGGAUUGCUUGAAGAGUAUUGGUACUGACUACAGCCCAAAACUCACUGUGAUUGUGGUGAAGAAACGAGUGGGUGCCAGGUUCUUUGCAGAGAUCGGUGGAGGACUCAGAAACCCACCCCCUGGGACGGUUGUUGAUACGGUGGUGACCAGGCCAGAGUGGUAUGAUUUCUUUGUGGUGAGCCAGACUGUGAAGAAUGGCUGUGUUGCACCCACUCACUACAACGUCAUCUACGACACCAGCCAGCUGAAACCAGACCACGUGCAGCGCCUGACCUACAAACUGUGCCACAUGUACUACAACUGGUCGGGUAUUAUCAGAGUGCCUGCUCCUUGCCAGUACGCUCACAAAUUGGCUUUCCUUGUCGGUCAGAGUAUCCACAGAGAGCCAAACCUGGUGCUUUCAGAAAGACUCUACUACCUUUGAAGCCAAACACAAGAGCGUAGUUCCUCUCUAGGGAAUGUAGAAUUGUCUUCCCUCUUGGUUUAGUUUUGGUUUUUCCUAAGAGAUGUGCACAGGAUACAUGCAGUUGUGGAAAUUAUUUUAUUUUCAUUGUACCAGGGAAAAGCUGGAGAUGGCUGAUUUGCAUUUUGAACAGGUGUCUGCUUGCUAGAAUAACUACACUAAUUUUUGUGAUUUUUGAUACUUAUUUACUAAAGUUUUCUCUGUGAUUCUUCCCUAAAGUUUAUUGGUUGUUCUUAUUUGCAUUUUGAGAAGUCUUAUACAGAAUUACUUCUUGCAUGAGAGAUAGUUAUGCAGACCAGAACCCAAACUCUUCCAGCUAGUACUUUACCCUUUUAAUUUUCAAAAUGCUUCAAUAUUGUUGAUUCCUUGUUUUUCUUUGCUGUUAAAAUGAGGGCCAAGUUUGUCUCUUGACCUGUUUCAUACCUUAAAAGGAGCUGACCAGACGCUCUUGGUUACCAAGGCUUUGUUUUUAAGGCUGUACAGUGAUGCAGAACCUCUGGAGGGGUUUUUAACAGUUGUCAUUGUGAGGAAUUUGCAAACCAGCCACAAACUCUGGUGCUGGUGUGAGUCUCCCUCGGAG